CUUCUUUCGCCGACAGAAUAUAAACAAAGGUGACGUAAUUUUCCUGCGUCCACACAGAUCUUAAGGAUGGCUGAAACGGAAUCUCCAAAGGUCAUCAAGUUGGUUCCAGAAUAUCUGCUGAAAAAGCGGAAAGCGUAUCAGGCUAUCAAAGCAACACAGGCCAAACUCGCUCUGCUAGAAAAAAGAAAGGUUUCAAAAGGCAAACCUCUGAAAUUUAAGCGUUUGGAAGACUUUUUAAAAGACAGCCACAAGAAACAUCGCGAUGAAAGUCGUCUUCGCAGAAAUGAGCACAGGCCGGCUACAGCUCUUCCACCUGCAACAAACAAGCUUGCAUUUGUUGUAAGAAUAAGAGAGAUUAAAGGAGUGAGUGCCAAGGUUAUGAAGGUAAUUCAGAUGCUGAGAUUAAGGAAGAUCUUCAGUGGAACCUUCGUUAAAAUUAGCAAAACUUCAACAGCCAUGUUGAAGGUGGUUGAGCCGUACGUGGCAUGGGGAUUCCCUAACUUAAAGUCUGUUCGUGAGCUUAUUCUGAAAAGGGGACAAGCAAGAAUCGGCCGCAAAAGGAUUCCCUUGACAGACAACGCCUUCAUCGAACAACACAUGGGUCACCAUGGGAUCAUCUGUUUAGAGGACCUCAUUCAUGAGAUCUACUCGGUUGGAAAAGGUUUUCGCGCCGCCAACAACUUCCUGCAACCAUUCAAAUUGUCAGUGGCGAGGCACGCUGCAAGGGACAAGGCAGGGCUCCUCAAAGACCUCGGAGCGCCUGGAUUUCGCAGUGUGGACAUUAACAACAUCAUCAGGCAGCUAAACUAAAGGCUUCUGCCAACUGGACAGUUUAUUUAUCCAGUUUUACCAAAAGCCAUUUUUGAUUUAUCUAGCCGCUCUCCCAUCUCCAGUUCUGGAAGUACAUUUCUUUCUGAAAAAUGUGUAUGUAUGAGAGAACGCUGUUUGAAGCUAUGUGUAAAAACUGUACUAUUUGUCUGUAAAAUUUUUGCAUUGUGAGUGUGUGACACAAAUGGUUUGAAAUAACAAAAUAGUGACAGAUCA